GGCAGGCAGACGGACUGCUAGCCCCGCGAGGGCGCGCGGACUGCCGGGCGGAGGUGGCGGACAAGGAGGAGGAGACGAAGGAGGGGGCUGGGCAGGGGCUGGGCAGGGGCUGGGGCCCUGGCGGGGGAGACAUGCGAUUGGUGACCGAGCGGAGCGGACGGACAGCGCGCCCGAAAUGCAGGUGAGCAAGAGGAUGCUGGCGGGGGGCGUGAGGAGCAUGCCCAGCCCCCUCCUGGCCUGCUGGCAGCCCAUCCUCCUGCUGGUGCUGGGCUCGGUGCUGUCAGGCUCAGCCACAGGCUGCCCGCCCCGCUGCGAGUGCUCCGCCCAGGACCGCGCAGUGCUCUGCCACCGCAAGCGCUUUGUGGCGGUGCCUGAGGGCAUCCCCACUGAGACCCGCCUGCUGGACCUGGGCAAGAACCGCAUCAAAACGCUCAACCAGGACGAGUUUGCCGGCUUUCCGCACCUGGAGGAGCUGGAGCUCAAUGAGAACAUCGUGAGCGCCGUGGAGCCUGGUGCCUUCAACAACCUCUUCAACCUCCGGACGCUGGGGCUCCGCAGCAACCGCCUGAAGCUCAUCCCCCUGGGCGUCUUCACCGGCCUCAGUAACCUGACCAAGCUGGACAUCAGCGAGAACAAGAUCGUCAUCCUGCUGGACUACAUGUUCCAGGACCUGUACAACCUCAAGUCACUGGAAGUCGGCGACAACGACCUCGUCUACAUCUCCCACCGAGCCUUCAGCGGCCUCAACAGCCUGGAGCAGCUGACGCUGGAGAAAUGCAACCUGACCUCCAUCCCCACUGAGGCGCUGUCCCACCUGCACGGUCUCAUCGUCCUGCGGCUCCGGCACCUCAACAUCAAUGCCAUCCGGGACUAUUCCUUCAAGAGGUUGUACCGGCUCAAGGUCUUGGAGAUCUCUCACUGGCCCUACUUGGACACCAUGACUCCCAACUGUCUCUAUGGCCUCAACCUGACGUCCCUGUCUAUCACGCACUGCAACCUGACUGCUGUGCCCUACCUGGCGGUGCGCCACCUGGUCUAUCUCCGCUUCCUCAACCUCUCCUACAACCCCAUCAACACCAUCGAGGGCUCCAUGUUGCAUGAGCUGCUAAGGCUGCAGGAGAUCCAGCUGGUGGGUGGGCAGCUGGCCGUGGUGGAGCCCUACGCCUUCCGCGGCCUCAACUACCUGCGCGUGCUCAAUGUCUCCGGCAACCAGCUGACCACACUGGAGGAGUCGGCCUUCCACUCGGUGGGCAACCUGGAGACGCUCAUCCUGGACUCCAACCCACUGGCCUGCGACUGCCGGCUCCUGUGGGUGUUCCGGCGCCGCUGGCGGCUCAACUUCAACCGGCAGCAGCCCACGUGUGCCACGCCCGAGUUCGUCCAGGGCAAGGAGUUCAAGGACUUCCCCGACGUGCUCCUGCCCAACUACUUCACCUGCCGCCGCGCCCGCAUCCGGGACCGCAAGGCCCAGCAGGUGUUUGUGGACGAGGGCCACACAGUGCAGUUCGUGUGCCGGGCGGAUGGCGACCCGCCGCCCGCCAUCCUCUGGCUCUCGCCCCGCAAGCACCUGGUCUCGGCCAAGAGCAACGGGCGGCUCACGGUCUUCCCCGAUGGCACGCUGGAGGUGCGCUACGCCCAGGUACAGGACAACGGCACUUACCUGUGCAUCGCGGCCAACGCGGGCGGCAACGAUUCCAUGCCUGCCCACCUGCACGUGCGCAGCUACUCGCCCGACUGGCCCCAUCAGCCCAACAAGACCUUCGCCUUCAUCUCCAACCAGCCGGGCGAGGGAGAGGCCAACAGCACCCGCGCCACCGUGCCUUUCCCCUUCGACAUCAAGACCCUCAUCAUCGCCACCACCAUGGGCUUCAUCUCUUUCCUGGGCGUCGUCCUCUUCUGUCUGGUGCUGCUGUUUCUCUGGAGCCGGGGCAAGGGCAACACCAAGCACAACAUCGAGAUUGAGUACGUGCCCCGCAAGUCGGACGCAGGCAUCAGCUCCGCCGAUGCACCUCGCAAGUUCAAUAUGAAGAUGAUAUGAGGCCGGGCCGGGGGGCGGGCCGGGGGGCGGGGACCCUGGGGCGCGCAGGGCAGGGCAAGGGACCCGGCCGCCGUCCGCUCGCUCUCCAGUCCCUCCCACCUCCUCCCGGCCCCUCCACGCACACUCUUUUUCUCCCUCCCACGCCGUCCCCUGCUGCCCCCGCUGGCCCUCACCGCCUGCCCUCUUUCUACCAGGACCUCAGAAGUCCAGGCCUGGGGACCCCACCUGCACAGGGGCACACGUUGACAGACUGGAGUCGGAAGCUGACACGGCACGGUCAAUAAUUCAAUAAAAAGGUUACGAACUUCCUCUGUAACUUGGGUUUCAGUAAUUACGGAUUUUUAUGAAAACUUGAAAUAAUAAAAAGAGA